AUGGAGUGGGAUCCAAGCCGAUUCUUCCGGCCUGAGGGAAGUCCGUCCCCUUAUGCUCUCUUGAUGCUAAACCAACCAAUCAACGAAAGAGCAUUUACUGUCUUGAGUCAACAUGCUUCUUACAUCAUUUGCGCCGAUGGCGGGGCAAAUCGUCUCUUUGAUAUGAUGAAGGCUCAGGGCAAAGAAUCCACUGAACCACGGCAAUAUGGCAACAAAGACAAACCUGUGUUUCUAAAGAUACAAGGCGUCAAGCACUCCGACUUACACAUCACUCAGCUUCCGGACAAAAUCAUCGGCGACCUGGACUCCAUUCGCCCCUCAGUGCGACAACAUUACGAGAAACUGGAAGUAUCGGUAGUCAAGGACCCAGAUCAAUACUCAACAGACUUUACCAAAUGUCUCAAAUACCUCAAUAGCCACGCGUCAGAGAUCAUUCAGUCACCGCGAAAACAAAAAGUCGCCACGUCAAGAACAGGCCAGGAAACCAUUUCCACGAAUGAGUCCUGCUCAGUUCCGUCACCAAAGCUCGAAAUCGUCAUCCUAGGUGGUCUUGGUGGUCGAGUCGAUCAGGCCUUUUCGCAGAUUCAUCACUUGUACAUGAUGACGCAGACGCAGCGCCAAUUACAGGCCAGCUCCAGCUCGCAGGAUGUGAGCCCUGGUGCUGGGGGCAAUCUGUAUCUGAUUUCCGAAGAGAGCAUCUCAUUUGUACUCCAGAAGGGCAAGAAUAUCAUCUUGACACCACGCACGAACCGCCCUCCGGAAUCAGAAACCAUACGAUCUGGCCUGAGCCCUGAUGAGGCAGGCGACAACGAUGGACCACCGUCAAGCUCAGAAAGGGAAUACUACUUUGAAGAGAACAUUGGCAUUAUCCCGCUUUCAGCACCGGCGUCAAUUACCACACAGGGAUUCGAGUGGGACGUUGAAGAUUGGCACACCGAAAUAGGCGGCCAAAUAUCCACAAGCAAUCACAUUCGGGCUGACAAGGUGGAGGUUUCCACGAAUGUACCAGUCUUGUUCACAGCGGAGCUAGCUCAAAGGCUAAAACGAGCCUGA